UCAACAACGGCUGCAUCAUCACUGGGACCCAGAGACACAAAGGCUUGUUGUGUAACUAAUUGAGGGCUUUACUGGUUGCGGUGGCAUUAAGGUUUUUUUUGCAGUUUGUGUGGUUACGUUCAUUAAGACAUUCCUGCACGGAUUGGGGCGACAGAGAUUCGAGGGCUUUACACAAUAAAGUGCAUGCUUUUCACGUGAAAUGUCCCUAUAAAAGCGGGCUCCCUUCGGCCACAUUAAGGCACAUCGUAAACGAGCGAACUGAGUGGAGUGAAAAGUCUGGAACAGCUGCACUUUAUUGUGUCAGUACGACUUCAGGAUGGUCUCGUCUUACCCUUUACCGGAGGGCUUCUCCGACUUUGAUGUGUUCUCCCUAGGAUCGUGUCUGCUUGUGGAGGGUCUGCUGGGCUUCAUUUUAAAUGCGGUGACAAUCGUUGCUUUCCUCAAAGUGAGAGAGCUGAGGACCCCAAGCAAUUUCUUAGUGUUCAGCUUAGCGAUGGCUGAUAUGGGGAUCUCUAUGAACGCCACCAUCGCCGCUUUCUCCAGCUUCCUGAGGUACUGGCCUUAUGGCUCUCAAGGAUGCCAGACUCAUGGUUUUCAUGGCUUCGUGACAGCUCUCGCCAGCCUCCACUUCAUAGCCGCCAUCGCCUGGGACAGAUACCACCAGUACUGCACAAGGACAAAACUGCAGUGGAGCAGCGCCAUCACUCUGACUGUAUUUAUCUGGCUCUUCACUGCUUUCUGGUCUGCCAUGCCCCUCAUUGGCUGGGGAGAGUACGACUACGAGCCCCUUAGGACAUGCUGCACUCUGGACUACAGCAAGGGAGACAGAAACUAUGUGUCCUACUUGAUCCCCAUGGCCAUCUUCAACAUGGCCAUCCAGGUGUUUGUUGUCAUGUCCUCUUACCAGUCCAUUGCACAGAAAUUCAAGAAGACUGGAAACCCCAGAUUCAACCCCAACACUCCUCUUAAGACUUUGCUGUUCUGCUGGUGCCCCUAUGGCAUCCUGGCUUUCUACGCCGCUGUGGAGAAUGCCAACCUGGUGUCCCCCAAGCUCAGGAUGAUGGCUCCUAUCCUGGCUAAGACCUCUCCCACCUUCAAUGUCUUCCUGUACGCUUUGGGAAAUGAGAACUACAGAGGAGGCAUCUGGCAGUUCCUCACUGGGGAAAAGAUUGAUGUGCCUCAAAUUGAGAACAAGUCCAAAUAAACUAAGCAUGAAUAAUUACACACAC